AUGGGACGAAUAAAGCAGAAGGGUAAGGCAGGUGCUGCCAAGGCCUAUGUAACCCGUUCAUCGGCUGUCAAAAAAUUACAAUGUUCUCUCGCGGACUUUCGACGGCUAUGCAUUCUUAAAGGCAUCUUCCCGCGGGAGCCCCGCAGCAGGAAACGGGCGAAUAAAGGAUCAUCUGCUCCUACGUCUUUCUAUUAUGUCAAGGACAUUGCAUACCUCGCGCAUGAGCCAGUGUUGAAAAAGCUGCGAGAACACAAGGCCUUUGCAAAGAAACUCUCUCGUGCUUUGGGGAGAGGAGAAUGGAGCAGUGCGCAGAGUUUGGAGGAGAACAAACCUGUCUAUCGCUUAGACCACAUCAUCAAGGAAAGAUACCCAACGUUUGUCGACGCCGUUAGGGAUAUCGACGACGCGUUGUGCAUGAUCUUUCUUUUUUCAUCGUUACCUUCGAAUUCCCGAGUCUCCCCAUCUCUCAUUGAAAAUUGUUCUCGACUCGCAUCAGAGUGGCAGCUCUAUGUUAUGCACACCCACGCUUUGCGUAAAACUUUCUUGUCUAUUAAGGGUGUUUAUUACCAGGCCGAGGUAAUGGACCAAACAGUGACAUGGCUGGUACCUUAUCAGUUCACACAGAACAUACCAACCGAUGUCGAUGUCCGAGUGAUGCUGACGUUCCUGGAGCUCUACCAAACCCUUCUCGGGUUUGUCUUUUUCAAACUCUACACAGAUGCCGGUCUCGUCUAUCCUCCACCACGAGAUGUGGCAAAAGAUGAAACUGGGGCCGGUGUCGGUGCGUUCCGGAUACAGGAAAGUACGUUGCCGCAUCGCCCUAUUGAUGUUUCAAGAACGAAGGAGGUGGAAGUCAACGGGAAACGAGUGUCUACCAAGGAUGUCAGACAAACAAUCAAGAGCAUCCGAGCUCCUAGCGUUACUGAUGGUGACGUAGAAAUGUCUACUGCCGAUCCUGCUCUCGCCGAGGAAGAUGAAGAGUUUGUACCCCACCCUUCGACGUCCAACCAAGAAGAAGCAGCAUCUCUCCCAACGCUGAAAUCCCUUGUGGUACUUCCUCAAGCUGACUCAUCAAAAUUAUUCGCCCACCUCACGUUCUGGUUGUCACGAGAAACGUCUCGCCCCAUUUUCGAAUUCAUCGUACGUUCAUUCGGCGGUCGGAUUGGUUGGCCAAUGUCAUCCGGGAGUGGCUCACCCUUCGAAGAGACAGAGGAGUCCAUUACACACGUUAUCAUUGAUCGCCCUGUUACCGAGGGCGUCAGCGAAAGCGAAGAGGAAAAGCAGAGGAGAAGAAGGCGUAAGUACGUGCAGCCGCAGUGGGUUGUCGAUUGCAUCAAUGCGGGGAAGAUUUUGCUUGAGGACGCUUAUCUACAGGGUAAGACACUCCCACCUCAUCUAAGUCCAUUCGGUGACUACGCUGGCGCAUACGAUCCCACGGCCGAAUUCACGAAUGAUAUCGCUGCGUUGGAGGAGUCUGACCUAGAGGUCGAAGCUGACGGCGAAGAAAUGGAUGAUGAAGUCGGCGCCGAAAGAUAUAUCCCUCGCCCAGAGCAGGAAGCCUUGAAAGCAGCAGCAGAGGCAGAUAGCGAGGCAGCCCUACGAGCAGCAGAGCUGAAGGCAGAGGCUGCUGGUGUCGACUAUGGUACGUUUGAGAAGCAGGCGAAGAAGGUCAAGAAGAAGUCCAAACCGGAGGCGCAGGAGGAGGAUGUCGGAGAGCAAGAGAUGAACAAAAUGAUGAUGAGCAAUAAGCAACGGAAGCUGUACGAGCGAAUGAAGUUUGGGGAGCGGAAAAAAGCAGCAGAGCGACAAACUCUCGAGACGAAGAGAAGAGGUCUCGAGAAGAGAAGACAGCGAGAAAGAACAUAG